AUGGCGUCCAACAGCAUCUUCGACUCCUUCCCGACCUACUCGCCCACCUUCGUCCGCGACCCGAGCACCAGCCGCCGCUUCACACCUCCCUCCACGGCCUUCCCCUGCGGCGGCGGCGGCGGCGGCAAGAUGGGCGAGAACAGCGGCGCGCUGAGCGCGCAGGCGGCCGUGGGGCCCGGCGGGCGCGCCCGGCCCGAAGUGCGCUCGAUGGUGGACGUGCUGGCGGACCACGCGGGAGAGCUCGUGCGCACCGACAGCCCCAACUUCCUCUGCUCCGUCCUGCCCUCUCACUGGCGCUGCAACAAGACGCUGCCGGUCGCCUUCAAGGUGGUGGCACUGGGAGAUGUGCCGGACGGAACCGUGGUGACCGUGAUGGCCGGCAACGAYGAGAACUACUCUGCUGAGCUGCGCAAUGCCUCGGCGGUCAUGAAGAACCAGGUGGCCAGGUUCAACGACCUUCGCUUUGUGGGCCGCAGUGGACGAGGAAAGAGCUUCACCCUGACCAUCACUGUGUUCACCAACCCCACCCAAGUGGCCACCUACCACCGAGCCAUCAAGGUCACCGUGGAUGGACCCCGGGAGCCCAGACGGCACCGGCAGAAGAUAGAAGACCAGACCAAGGCGUUCCCUGACCGCUUCGGGGACCUGGAGCGGCUGCGCAUGCGGGUGACGCCGAGCACACCCAGCCCCCGAGGCUCACUCACCACCACAACCCACUUCGGCAGCCAAGGCCAGACCCCCAUCCAAGGCACCUCGGAGCUGACCCCCUUCUCCGACCCGCGCCAGUUCGACCGCUCCUUCUCGGCGCUGCCGCCGCUCUCCGAGAGCCGCUUCCCGGACCCCCGGAUGCACUACCCCGGGGCCAUGUCGGCCGCCUUCCCCUACAGCGCCGCGCCCUCGGGCUCCAGCCUGGGCGGCCUCGGCGUGGCGGGCAUGCCGGCCGCCAGCCGCUUCCACCACACCUACCUCCCGCCGCCCUACCCCGGGGCGCCGCAGAGCCAGAGCGGCCCCUUCCCGGCCAACGCGGCGCCCUACCACCUCUACUACGGCGCCUCCUCGGGCUCCUACCAGUUCUCCAUGGUGGCGGGCGAGCGCUCGCCCACGCGCAUGCUGGCCUCCUGCCCCAGCGGCGCCGCGCCCGCCGGCAACCUCAUGAACCCCAGCCUGGGCGGCCAGGGCGACGGCGUGGAGGCCGACGGCAGCCACAGCAACUCGCCCACCGCCCUCAGCACGCCGGGCCGCAUGGACGAGGCCGUGUGGCGGCCCUACUGAGCGCCGCGCCGGGGGACCGGACCUCGCUGGCCCGCGGCCCCGCGCGCCUGUCCAGCCACGGCUUUGUACAGAGGGGGCGGGGACCCCCGGACACUGCCCCAGCCCAGGCCCAGCCGACUCGUCCUCCUGCGUCUCCCGGGACCACCGCCCGGCUCCAGCCGUGCCCAGGGCUAGCUCCUGGGCCGCAGGCCAUCUCCGAUCCAGAG